AUGCGCAAUCGGGACCUGCCUCUACCGGCCAUCCGUAUCUUCGCCGAGGGCGUGCUGCAGCUGCUUCGCCAGUCGCCCUCCUCUUCCUCGCCGCCAUCGGACACGCCAUCGUCGGCAGGGUCGGGCGCGGAGGCCGCCAAGUGGCUGUGCGGGCAGCUGGACGUGGAGGGCUUUGUGGGCGACGAGGCCAACCAGCGGCUCGCCAACGACGUGUGGAUCGACCUGGCCACCCACUCCGUCACCCUGCGCCGCCUGAAGGGCGUGCUCAAGGCCAUCCUGCGCUCCUACGAACUCAUCGAGGCCUUCUACCGCACCGCAGAGUUUCCGGUGGAGUGCGCUGGUUGCGGGGGACGCAUCUGCCUCUCGUGCGUCAACCUUUGCCAGGCGUGCCACCACGCCCACGCUCCCCUCAAGCAGCAGAGCAAAGUCGUCCUCCGGCGGCGGCUCGUCCAUGUCAUGCGUGUAGCCCUUGUUGUGGAAUUGGCCGCGACGCGGCGCUUCUGGUUGCUGGUGCGGCCGCGACCACUCGGCACUAAACGGAAAAAUGGCGACGAGUGCUCCUUCGGCGCUGGGCUCGACUGA